CUCACCCUCUUCAACAGCAACGUCGUCACCAGACUCAAGUCAGAGCAUGGUUACCUUGGAAAUUGAGAGACCGUAUUCUGACACCCAAUCGACGUCUGAUGAGCAUCAGAUGCUCCACGAGGCGCCCUCCUUGUUCAUCCCACAUGGCGAGGAGGGCGACUCUCCACCCUUGGAGAAUUUCGAGGAUGCCAAACGUAUGUUCUAUGUAGAAUCAGUUAAAUUAUGGUCUAUUGCAGCCCCCAUUGCCUUCAACAUCCUGUGUAACUACGGCAUCAAUUCGUUCACGAGCAUCUUCGUCGGGCACAUUGGAGAUCUUGAGCUCUCCGGUGUGGCCAUUUCUCUGUCUGUCAUUGCAAACUUUUCGUUUGGAUUCUUGCUUGGCAUGGCUAGUGCACUGGAGACGUUGUGUGGGCAGGCGUAUGGAGCCGGAGAAAUAGAUAUGCUCGGAGUUUAUAUGCAACGAUCGUGUCUUAUUCUCACCGGGGCCUGUGUCUGUCUGUUGCCGAUUUACAUCUUCUCGAAACAAUUGCUGAAGCUACUAGGCCAAAGGCAUGAUAUUGCUGAUAUAGCCGGAAAAUUUUCUGUCUAUAUAAUACCUCAGAUGUUUUCUCUCGCUGUAAACUUCACCACGCAGAAAUUCCUACAAGCUCAGAGCAGGGUAGCAGUUCUAGCGUGGGUCGGAUUCUUUGCCUUUGUUUCGCACAUAGGUUUGCUAUUCUUGUUUAUCAGUGUGUUCAAAUGGGGCCUUGCCGGUGCAGCUGUCGCCUAUGAUAUAUCUGCGUGGGGAAUCGCUCUGGCUCAGGUGGCUUACAUUGUCGGCUGGUGCCACGAUACUUGGAACGGCUUGUCUUGGCUCGCCUUCAAAGGGAUUUGGGAUUUUCUGAAACUCUCCGUCUCUUCUGCUGUCAUGCUCUGCUUGGAGAUUUGGUACUUCAUGAGCAUAAUCGUCCUUACAGGCCAUCUUGAGGAUCCUGUGCUGGCCGUCGGAUCCCUUUCCAUUUGCAUGAAUCUCAAUGGAUGGGAAGGCAUGCUAUUUAUCGGGGUGAAUGCAGCAAUAAGCAUUCGUGUAUCCAACGAGCUUGGAUCCGCACACCCGAGGGCUGCAAAGUUCUCUGUGUAUGUGACCAUCAUCGAAUCUCUCGUCAUAGGGCUGUUGUGCAUGGUGAUCAUAAUAGCAACGAAGGAUGAUUUCGCCAUCCUUUUCACCAACAGCAAGCCGAUGCAGAAAGCUGUAGGCGAUUUGGCGUAUCUCCUUGCUGCAACCAUGUUGCUCAACAGCAUCCAGCCAGUUAUAUCAGGAGUUGCCGUUGGAGGAGGAUGGCAAGGUCUGGUUGCUUUCAUUAAUCUCACUUGUUAUUACAUCAUAGGUCUGCCUUCUGGAUUUCUUCUUGGUUAUAAAACAAAUUUGGGUGUUCAGGGAAUUUGGAUGGGGAUGAUAUUUGGGACUUUUCUACAAACCAUAAUUUUACUGCUGAUUGUGUGGAGAACUAAUUGGAAUGAGGAGGUGGCUCAAGCAUCACAGAGAAUGCGCAGAUGGAGUGGCCAAACAUAGCCAGAAUAUAUAGAAUUAGAAAAAGCAAGACUCGUGAUACUGAGAUUUGUUCAACAUGGCUAUUCUGUAUCGGGUCGUUUCACGGGUCAAGAUUCGUAUUGUCAUACUCAUAUUCGGAUCAAUCGUGAAAAAUACAUGUGUCAAGAUUCGUAUGGCCGUACUCUUAUUCGGAUCAAUCGUGAAAAUUACAAAUAUACCAUCGGAUAUUAGUUUUUGGUAAUAUUUACUUCCGGAAUAUAAGUAGUUUUGGUGUU